AUCAUUCGGAUCUUACCAAAAGAUACACGAGAUUCCUACAAAAUGUUCGCUAAGUUUGCAGUUGUCGCUUGCAUGAUCGGCUUAGCUCGAUCGGGAGCAUUGCAAAACUCUGCACUGAACCUUGGUUUAGCGGCUGGAUACCCGGGCUAUGCUCGGUCUUCCCCAGUCUACACUGGUUCUAACUCAGGCUACGCUGGGUCUUACCCAGGCUAUGCAGGAUCUUACCCAGGUUACGCCGGAGCUUAUCCAGGUUACGCCGGAGCUUAUCCAGGUUACGCCGGGAUUUAUCCAAGUAACGCUGGAGCUUAUCCCAAUAAUGGAGCAUAUCCUGGUUUGGCUGGAGCAUACGCAGGUGUAAAUGGUGGCGUAGCCACGUCCUACGUGAACUUUCAAAAAUAUACUGCCCCACGACCAUAUAAUCCUCUAGGAUCUUACGGAGGACUAAAUGGGUCACCUUAUGGAGGGGCUGCUGGACUUAAUGGCCUGUAUGAAGGUCUCCGUGGUUCUCUUGGACCAUAUGCUGCAGGUGGAUUACCUUAUACUCGAUAUGGCGGUUACGGCUACGGAGGCUAUGGCGCAUAUGGAAAUAAGAAUGUCUGGUGAAUUGAAAUCUAAAAAAAAUUUAUAGUUCGUCAAUAAAUGUCAAAUAUUAUAUAAUCCUUGUAAUCCAUUAAAAUAAAGCACAUGUAAAUG